ACAGCCCCAGUGAAGAGCCGGGGAGCCCCCAGCAGCACAAGCCCAAACAGCACCGUCCAUGAGGGCAGAAGCUGAAGAAGAAGAGGCAGGAGCCCGGGCUGGAGCCCGAGGCCAAACCACGGCGGCUGCGGGUGAAGAAGCCGAGUGAGGCAGGGGCUGCAGAGGAGGCUCCAGCCCCAGCACAGGGGGUGAAGAAGGUGAGGAAGAAGAAGGAGGAGAAGGGGGAGGAGGAGAGCGACAAGGACCCCUCCUCCAAAUUCACCAAGGAGCCUCGGAAGAAGAAAGAAAGCCUGGCCACCCGCUCCCAAGUUCCCAAGGGCUCCAAGAAGCCACAAGAGCCGGCUGAGGAUGAGGAUGAUGAGGAAGAGGAAGAAGAGGUGGAGAAUAAAAACCCGCCAAAAAAGCUCAAGAAGAAAGUUCCCAAAGAGCCCCUCUCAGGCGGGGGGGAGAAGAAGCUGAAGCUGAAGGAAGACAAGAGUGACCCUGACAGCAAAGCCAAAUCUGCCAAAAGCACCAAGAAGGAGCCAAUGUCCGUGUUCCAGGUGAAGAAGGAGAAGAAAAGCAAGAAGAAAGCUGCCACCAGCAGUGAUGAAGAGGAUGAUUCCGACUCCAGCACCAAACCCAUUAGGUCAGAGAAGAAGAAAAACCCAGCAUCCCUCUUUCAGACUGGUGGGGACCCCCCAAAAGAGAAAAAAUCCAAAAAGAAAGUUCCUCCCAAAGGGGCUGAGAGUGAGGAGGAGACCCAGGAGACCCUGCAGAAAAACUCCAACAAGAAGGGGAAAGCAAAGAAAUCAAAGAAGCAGAAGGAGGAGAGGCCCCCAUCCCCUGUCAUCGAGGUGGAAAACCUGGAGGAGUUCGUGCUGCAGCCAGCGCCGCAGGGCGUGACCGUCAAGUGCCGGGUGACACGGGACAAGAAGGGCAUGGACAGGGGGCUUUACCCCACCUACUACCUUCACUUGGACAACGACAAGAAGGUGUUUCUCCUUGCUGGGAGAAAGCGUAAGAAGAGCAAAACCUCCAACUACCUCAUCUCCAUCGACCCCACUGACCUGUCACGGGGUGGAGAGAACUUCAUUGGGAAGCUGAGAUCCAACCUGAUGGGAACGAGGUUCACCGUGUUCGACAACGGCGCCAACCCCGACAGGGCCAACGCUGACUGGUCCAACGUGCGGCAGGAGCUCUCGGCUGUGGUCUACGAGACCAACGUUUUAGGGUUCAAAGGCCCCCGGAAGAUGACUGUCAUCAUCCCUGGGAUGAAUGCUGACUGUGAGAGGGUGCCCAUCCGGCCCCGGAACGAUAACGACGGCCUCCUGAUGCGAUGGCAGAACAGGAACAUGGACAACGUGAUCGAGCUGCACAACAAAGCCCCAGUGUGGAACGAUGAGACCCAGUCCUACGUCCUCAAUUUCCACGGCCGGGUCACCCACGCCUCCGUCAAAAAUUUCCAGAUCGUGCACAGCAGUGACCCUGACUACAUCGUGAUGCAGUUUGGGCGUGUGGCAGAUGAUGCCUUCACCAUGGACUACAACUACCCCCUGUGCGCCGUGCAGGCCUUCGCCAUCGCCCUCUCCAGCUUCGACGGGAAGCUGGCCUGCGAGUAGCACCUCCCCGGGGCCACCGGGGCCACCGGGGCUGCUGCCAGGGUCCGGAGGAUGCUCCUGCACCCCUGUCCUGCUCUGGUCCCUGCAUUUCCACCUUCUUGCAGUCUCGGCUCUUCCUGAGGUGGUCCAAGGCACCUGGUGCCCACUGAGUGCUGUGGGAUGCUCACCCAGCUGCAGCCCCCCUGCCUCUCCAGGCAAAUUCAGGGAAAAUCGCUGGGCUGGGGUGAUGGCAGAGCCAGGCUGGAGGUGUAUUCAUAUUCAGCAGAUGAGGCUGACUGCAGUCCCUGUCUCAUCCCUUUGGACUCAGAUCCUGGAAACUCAUCUGCCCUCCCCCUGCUUUUUUUUUGUUGUUGUUGUUGUUGGGGUUUUUUGUUUUGCUUUUUUGUUUGUCUGGUUUUGUUUGUUUGUUUUUGGGGGUUGUUUAUUUGUUAUGGUUUAUGCUCAGUCUCCCAGUGAGAAGGGGGUAGGUGGUCUCCUCACUUUGUGUUUCCUCAUCCCUGCCCACAUACAGGUGGGCUCUGCCUAAGCUCCCACCUAAAGCCCCCAUCCCAGCUCGUUGCCCACCAGGCACAAAGGCCCUCUUUUGCCCCUUUUUGCCCUGGUGUGAGUGGAUGGCUGGUGCUCAUGGUGUGUUUGUACCCACUGGGUCUCACCCCACUGCCCAGAAAUUGCUUUUUAGGGAUUUGGGUCCCUGAGAAGCAGCCUGGCACCGGCAGCACACAGGCACGUGCCGAGGGGUGACAGUGCCAGCAGAGGAGGGCUGGCAGGCACGUGAGGCAGAGCUUGCAUUGCUGGCAGGUGGCCCAGCUGGGUCAGUGCUGCCAGGAGAGACCUGGAAGAGAAAACUCAGGGUGCACCAGGAAGCAGUGAGUGACUCAUGAGGUGUGGCGCGGUGCUGAGUCACGCUCAGCACCCAGACAGGCCCUGCUGAGCUCCCCGUGCCCUCAACCCUCACUGCCCCUUUACUCUGUGGUGCCCCUCCAGACCUCACGUGCCCCAGGUGUCCCCACAGCUGCCUCACUGCUGUUCUCUGUCCAUGAGAGGUGGUGGACAGAAGGUGCCCUGUCUUAGAUUGAUGGGGAGAUGCUGAAGAGAGGCAGCUCACUGGGAACAGGACAGCUCAUGCCCCCAGUUUCACCAGUUAUGGGGUGAGGAUUUGGCUGCGCAAACAAAUUUGAUUAAUUCAGUGGUGAGAAAAAUGGGGACAUGCCUAGGAGCCCUGAAAUGCCAUCCUCAGCUCUCUGGUGCUGUUUCUCACCUGCUCAGCUCACACACUGACUCCAGAACCUUGUGGGAUUCCCUUCCCAGGACAGAAAGGAGUUGUUCCCCCAUUCUGGGGGUGAUAUGAGCCCCCAGGUCAAUGCAGCUGAGAGGCAGCCACAGCAGAAAGGCUGAGGAGCAGAUGGAUGAGAUGGAUGUGAUUGUGCAAGAGGGAUGCUCAUCCUCUCUGGGCAGUGUCGCAACAUCACCAUGGGCUGAGCCCGGAGCGAGGAGCUGAGGACAGAUGACAGUGACAGGGGCACCAUGAGCUGCUGGACCACUGGUGAGCAUCUGCCCCAGUGGCUUUGCAGAUGGGAGUGGAGCUCUUCCCCAGCUGUAUGAAUCUGGGCUUCAUGAUUCUUGGGCAGAUGCUCGUGGUGGGGCAGGCAGAGGUGGACAGCUUGGGGACAAGCCAGCCCGCGUGGGACAUCAUCCAUCACCCACACAGCGAGCUCAGAGAACAUCUUGUGAGCUAAAGGGAGAACCAGCCACAGCAGUUCAGGGCCAGCAUCCCUGAUGAGGUAUGGCCAGCAAAUGUGGGGAAAGCAAGAGCUUUCUGCCCAAAUCCAGCCUCAAACCCAACAUCUGUUUGAAAUCGGGACGAGCUCUGCUAACGGUUGAGCCAAUGCUUGUCCCCAUUUCCUCCAGUGCAAGGAGAAAAGAAGCAGCCGGGUGAGAGAGAGGGCUUUGGGCUCCCCACAUUCUGUCUGCUGUUAUCCCAGCUGCUCCCCAGGUUGAUUCUCCCUCCCCUCAUCCAAAAAGUUUCCAUUUUCCUUUUGCCCGCUGUUGCUUGCAAACCCUUCAGUUUCCCCGGGCUUGUCCCCCGUGGCACAGCACAAUCCCUGUCACGGGUGUCCCUUGCAGUGUCACCCAAAGUCAGAGCAGCCACUGCAUCAGGCGCCCACCCCAAAUCCCUUUGACAAACCCUCUAACGCAAACCAACUGUGGCAGAAGAAACAAACGAAAACAAUUUAAUGGGGCGAUGGAUGUUCGGGCCCUUUGUUUGCGCUGGCUGUUAACACCAGAGGAGAUGAGGGAUGGAAGCAGUUGAAAUGUGGAUCUGCUCUGGCCGGCGGAAAGUGUGACGGAUGUGCCGGCAGACCAAUGGCUGAGGAUUGCCGGGGUGUGCGUGGGUGUGAAAGGAAUGCUUGCUGCAAGAAAAGAUAAAAAAAAAAAAAAAAAAGAAGAAGAAAGAGCCUUA